GAGAGCCUUCAAGAUGGUCUUCAUCACACUGUGACUGCUGCUGUAAAAAUGGCAAAGGCGAGAAAGAAGGAGAAAGUGGAACCUCCUGCAAUGAACUCUCCACCUCGAGCUGCGACAGCCAGUCAGAAGCCAGCUCCCCACAAGAGACUGUCAUCUGUGGCCCGGUCACCCGCCAGUCCAAUAUACAGACUCUGGAUAGGCCAGUCAAGAAAGGCCCGGUGCAGCUACUUCAGCAGUCCGAAAUCCGGAGGAAAAGCGACCUGCUCCGAACUCUAACUUCCGGCUCUAGGGAAUCCAACUCUAGUAAAAAAAAAUCGGCGAAAGAAAAGCUCUCGAUUGAGGAAGAGUUAGAAAAAUGCAUCCAGGAUUUCCUCAAGAUCAAAAUCCCAGACAGGUUUCCAGAAAGGAAGCACCCUUGGCAAUCUGAACUGUUACGAAAGUAUCGUCUAUAG